AUGUCUCAAAUGAUCCAAGCUAUUUUUGUACCCAAAGUGGACAAUAUAUCAAAACCCAAGGCUCAUACAGUGUACUGUCUUGAUGUGCAUGCAGCAGUGCGUACAUGGCAAGUAUGGAGACGGUAUUCUGAAUUUGUGCGUCUCCAUGAGUAUUUUUUAGAGGCAUUUCCCCAUCAUUCGCUUCCAAGCCCCUUUCCGGUCAAGCGAUACUUUCCGUCUACCUUUUCUUCCCCUACAAAAGUUGACGAGCGGCGUCGGGCACUUGAAACAUACUUGAGGGGUAUUCUUGCCAGUCAAGACGCUCGUUGGAGGCAGACCCAGGCAUGGAGAGACUUUAUGGGUGUACCAGUCGGUCGCCAAGUAAACGAAUGUCCUUCCGAGCGCUGGCUUGAAGAGUUUGAACAGCUGAACAAUUAUACUCAUCAAAUCAGGGCACUUGUUAACCGUCGUGCUACCCACUUGGCCCGUAAUGAAACAUCUGCGUCGCACAAUUGUACUGUCCAUGCCAAAAGACUUCUCAACACAAUCACUACUCGGAUGGCCUCACUGUCACAUCUACUAGGUGGUCUUUCGGAAGGGGAGCAACGUCGCCGUCAAGAUCUCCUGAAUUCUUUGCGGGAGGAAAAAGAUAGUCUCCACCACCUUGUUCACGCCGGUCGUUAUACCGAUACACCCACUCCUCAAGCCGAUGAAACACCCGAGAUGGUGUCUGUGCAAGCUAUCCCAACUAAAGGACGUGUUUUUGGCCCAUCUUCCAAGAAGGUUAUUUUGCAAGAUACUCCAAAGACGCGUGUUCUAGAUAAUGAAGGCCUUAUAGGUUAUCAGAAGCAAACUAUGAAAGACCAAGAUAACAAUAUAGAACAGUUUCUUUCUGUUCUUGCCCGUCAAAAACAAAUUGCAUUUGCUAUUGGGGAUGAGCUUUCUCUUCAAAACCAGCUCUUAGAUGAAAUUGAUCAAGAUGCUGACACUACUAAUCUCAAGUUCAAGAUGGUGACCAAGAAAGUCAUGGCUAUCCAAUAAAAGAUAACUUCUGAAGUGGCAUAGCGCUACGUUUAACUACCG